CGUGAAACGUGGACAUGUAUGGGGAAAGUACACCGAGCGAGACAAAUAUCCCCAUUUUGUGUUCUCAAAUCAUGGAUUAAAGGCUUAAAAGGAAGCAAAAAUAAGGAGCUCCCCCACCACCCAGCCCCCUCCUCAAGUGUGCGUCGAGGAGCUUGGCAGGUGUUCACUCGCGAGGGAGCUAGCUGGUCGCCUCACUCAGUCUGCGCCCUGAGCUUCAACAGGGUGCUGGUCGGCAGCCCCAAUUUUGAGGUCCACGAGCCCCGACAAGUUGACGGAACCCCGGAAGAAAUGUAUCUAGUGACUACAGUGGAGGACUGGUGACGAGCCCCGGGUACACGUACGGCGACGGCGGCAAAAGGCACCAGCUUGACGCUUGAACGCAGUGGAAGAGCACGGAUACCCGACGCUAGGUCCUUCCCCCGCUUUAAAAACAACUUUUUCAACAAACUCUUUUUCGUUAUUGCGUGUCAUAAAAGGCCUAAACAUACAAACUGCAAACUAUAGAGCUCAAAGCGAGGUAUUUAAGCGGUCUCUUUUGGUUUUAUGCUGAACCUGUUGUGCCACCGGUGGUGCCCGCCGCGCUGAUCCGAGGAAGGCGACCCCAUCUUCGGGGAGAGCGAACCGUUUCGCUACCAAGAGCCGCUCCCUAACUAGGACUGGAGUACUAACUACCCGGUCAGUGCUAUCCGAGGAUCUCUACACUAGGAUUAUUUGAUUAAAAACCAAAUCAAUUAAAUAAUUUGAUCCCUGGAGAGGUUGAAUUCGGGCAGAAUUUACGUCUUUUAUUAUCGCUGCUCUUCACAGCGAAGUGAUCCGCGGGACAAAUUCCCCGGGGACAAUUAACCAAGCGUCGGACAAAGUGGGAUUGGAGGUCGAUAGUUGACGCGAGGUGCACCGGCCGGGCGAUGGAACACGCGGACUCUGCCACAGCACAUCCACAUCGCCGGGUGCUCCAGCCGUGAAGUCGCGCUGCCCUUGGUAGUGUUCCGAUCCUGGACUCCCAGCUGACUUUUGAACACCAACGCCGUCUGAAGUCACCAAGCCCAGAGUGGUACCAGAACCCCCGGAUCUGGGAAUUUGCUUUUACUUUACCCGGAGUGGACAUUGUUGCCCGAGGCUCCCGUAUGUUGGGAUUUUGUCGGUUCGGAGGCUCCCCGGAGGUCCUGCAAGGAUUCUGCCCGGGGAGCGUGUGGAUGAUGCUGAGAAGCAGGCGGUCGCCUCUCUUGCUCCUGCUGCUCCUUCUCGGCUGCAGCUGCCACAUGUUGCACGGCCAAGAGGUGGCACCCUACCUGCGAGGGGUUGGCCUCGGGCAACAAGUGGUGCUGGAGGGAAACAGACUGGUGCUGACCUGCUCGGCUGGAGGCAGCUGGCCACUGCAGUACCGCUGGUCUCUCAACGGCAGCAACAUCACCGGCUGGACGUCGCAGUACAGGUUGUUUGUACCGUCGCUGCAGAGGACAGACGGCGGCCUGUAUCAAUGUGCAGUGAGGAACAGGAUGGGCGCCAUCAUACACGGAAGAACAGAGGUGCAAGUGGCCUUUAUGGGAAGGUUCUCAGGCGAAGAGCAGAGAACGACGACGAGCCAAGGCCAGGCUGCCGUCCUCAGCCUGCCGCCCCUGGCGUCAUUUCCUCAACCCUUGGUCACUUGGUACAAAGACGGACACAAGAUUAUUCCCAAUGACCGAAUCGCCAUCGCCUUGGAUAAUCAGCUGGUCGUCCUGGCAACGACCACCGCAGAUGCGGGACGUUACCACGUGGAGGCCGUGAAUGAAAUGACGGGCGAUAACGUGACGAGUCCUGCCAUCUACUUGAGCAUCUCGGAUUCAGAGUCAGAAGUUGCUGCUCCGGCCAUUGUGAUCGGACCUAAAAACACAACAGUGAUGGCAGGGACCACGGCCACCCUGGAGUGCAUUCCUAAUGCCAGAGACGUGGACAUCUUGCUGGUGGCGUGGAAACGCAACGGACGUCACUUGGCCAGCGGGCGUCGGCUGGCGAUCCCCGCCCCGGCCUCCUCGGACGGCGGCGCGUAUGUUUGCGAAGCGCUGCUAGGCAACAGCACCGCCAAAGCCGAAGAGGCCAGGGCGUACCUCACUGUGAUUGAGCCGCCCUCUCUGUCCGCUCAGCCUGAGCGGAAGAUCUUUGCUCAGCUCGACAGAAAUGUGGAUAUCCCCUGCUUGGCCACAGGUGUGCCCCCGCCCAGGAUGGAGUGGUACAAGGACGCCGUGCCACUGUCCAAGCUGGCCAACCCUCGCUACAAGGUCACCAGCGCAGCGGGUCUGACAGUGCGGCGAGUGCAGCCGGGAGACGGCGGGAUAUUCCAGUGCUUUGCCGGAAACGCCGGCGGAGAGACGCAAGCGCACGCGCAGCUCAUCGUCUCCGAUGUGCCUCCCACCUUCACCGUGCGCCCAUCUGACAAAACCGUAACCGAAGGGAACACAGCCUUGUUUAUCUGCCAGACAAGUGGUGCCCCGAAGCCUGCCAUCACCUGGAAGAAAGGAUCUCAGGUGUUAGCAAGCGGUUCCGUGCAGGUUGCCAGGUUCGCACUCUUGCAGUCGGGCAGCCUGCAGGUUCAGCCCGUCAGCUUCCAGGAUUCGGGAGAAUACACCUGCAUCGCUUCCAACUCGGAGAGGACCAUCAACGCCACGGCCACGCUCACUGUCUGGAGUCGCACCGUCGUCUCUGUGCCCCCGUCUGACCUGCGUGUAAUCAAAGGCACCACGGCUUUUUUGGCCUGCAACGCUACACAUGACCCCAGAGUCGAUGUCAGCUUCAAGUGGGAUCGAGGCGGCGCAACCGUCCUAACCAUCAGCGGUGGGCGUGUCUCUGUCGGCCAGGGCUCCCUCACCAUUGGCCAAACGUGGUCAGGUGACAUCGGGGAUUACACCUGCACUGUGACCUCGCAGGCCGGCAACGAUUCCCGCUCCGCACGUCUGGAAGUCAUCGAGCUGCCACAUUCUCCUCGCUCCCUGGCGGCGCGUCUCAACGACUCCGACUCGCGCUCGGUGCUGCUCUCCUGGCUGCGUCCGUUCGACGGCAACGCUCCGCUUCUCUAUUAUCUGUUGGAGCUCUCGGAGAACAACUCUCCGUGGAAGGUCUACCUGUCCGAGGUAGACCCCACCGUGACCAACAUGUCAGUGGGCGGACUCACGCCUGCCCGGACCUAUCAGUUCCGACUUUGCGCUGUCAAUCAUGUGGGCCGGGGUCAGUACAGCGCAGAGACGCAGCGGUUGAUGCUUAGAGAAGAGGCACCGAGUGCCCCCCCCAAGAACAUCGUGGCCAGCGGGCGGACGAACCAGUCCAUCAUGGUCCAGUGGCAGCCUCCUCCAGAACCGCAGCUAAACGGAGUCCUCAGAGGAUACGUGCUCAGGUACCGUCUAGCGGGGCUUCCAGGCGACUACCAGGAGAAGAACAUCAGCAGCCCGGAGACCAACUACUGUUUGCUGAAGGAGCUGAUCAUCUGGACACAGUACCAGAUCCAAGUGGCCGCCUACACUGGCGCCGGCCUGGGCGUCUACAGCAGUCCCGUUACCGAAUACACCCUGCAAGGAGUUCCCACAGCUCCUCCGCAGGAAGUGGAAGUGGUGGCUAUCAACUCCACCACCAUCCGCUUCACAUGGAACCCGCCGCCUCAGCAGUUCAUCAACGGCAUCAACCAGGGAUAUAAGCUGCUGGUCUGGCCGGAACAGGCUCCGGAGGACGUCACCGUGGUAACCAUCACCCCGGACUACCCAAGCUCACACCACACGGGCCUGGUCAGCAGAUUGAGCAAAUUCACCUGGUACUUCGGCUCAAUCCUGUGCUUUACAACACCUGGAGACGGACCACGUAGCCCACCUUCCAUGCUCCAAACGCAUGAGGACACACCUGGACCUGUCCGUCAUUUGAGUUUCACCAAAGUCUUGGACACGUCCGUGCAAGUCAGCUGGGCAGAGCCUGAAGAAAAGAACGGCAUUAUUACUGGCUACAUGCUGUGGUGGGAGGUGUUCGGCGUGCAGUCCAGGCGUGAGGAGCGAGCCCUGUCCAACUCCACGCUGCAGUACCAGCUCACGGGCCUCGCCUCCACCACCACGUACAGGCUGAAGGUGGCCGCGCUCACCGCCGCCGGACGGGGCGUGGUCACGUCAUCCAACAUCUCCACGGGCGUCCCUCCAGAACUUCCGGGUGCGCCCUCCAACUUGGUCAUCUCCAACAUCAGUCCUCGGACCGUGACCCUGCGCUUCCGGCCCGGUGCUGACGGGAAGACCGCCAUCUCGCGAUGGAUUGUCGAAGGCCAGGUAGUAAAGGAGGACGGCGCGGAGGAUUUGUGGAGGGUUGUUUACCAGCUGGACAACCAGGCGGGCGCUAACAGUCUGGAGAUCCCCAACCUCACUCCCUUCACUCAGUAUAGAUUUCGGAUGCAGCAGGUAAACAUCGUGGGGUCCAGUCCCCUGAGCGGCCCCUCCAGGCUGAUCCAAACCUUACAGGCGGCCCCUGACACCCACCCGUCCAACCUCAGCGUGCUGUCUCUUACGCAGACCGGCCUUCGCUUCAGGUGGAAGCCUCUUCCCACGUCCGAGUACAACGGCAGCCCGGAGACGGUGGGCUACCGGCUUCGCGUGCACAGGAUGGACGGCCUGGCAGAGGAUCGGACCGCGGAGGUAGAAGGGGUCGCAGGCGAGGUCACCGUAGAGGGCCUGGACCCGUGGACCCACUACCGGACCCGAAUACAGGCCUACAACUCCAUUGGACCUGGCCCGUGGAGCGACGCUGUCUCCGCACGCACGGCUGAAUCUGUCCCAUCAGGAUCUCCUGUCAAUGUGACGGCUGAUGCCGUGAGUUCCUCCAAAAUUCUGCUCACGUGGUCUCCCGUCCCUCAGGCGAGGCGGAAUGGGGCCAUCCUCGGAUACAAGGUGUUGUACACUGAGAAGGACUCCGAACGUUCCCCCAGUGUUCUUCUGGCGGAUGGAGAGAGGAAUGCGUCGCUGCUUCUCGGCGCGCUGAGGAAGUACACGGUGUAUGCGCUGCAGGUGUUGGCGUACACAAGGAUGGGCGACGGACCCCCCAGCAGCGCCGUGCUACUGAGAACCAAAGAAGACGUCCCAGGACCCCCUGUCAGGGUGGUGUUUCCAGAGGUCCGCCUGUCAUCAGCCAAGGUGGUGUGGGAGCCUCCCACAAACCCCGAUGGAAUCAUAUUAGGCUACCAGAUCGCCUACCGCCUGGAGCACAGGGACAGUCAGCAGUGGACCACGGUGGAGGUGGGCUCCAACGGACGCCAGUUCACCGUCACCGGACUCACCCCGGAGCAGACCUACGUGUUCCGGCUGGUGGCGCGCACCGCCGUGGGUUGGGGCCAGGAACACGUCGCCCUGGUGGUCACCACGGAGCGAAGAGAGCGUCCCCAGCCGCCCAGGAAGUUGUCCGUUCCCCAGGAUGGCGUGGAAGCGCGCCGCCUUCGCCUUCACUGGGUGACGGGCAGCUCAGGCUCCUCCCCCGUCAGGUACUUGACCGUGCAAAUCAGAGAGCUGCCCGACGGCGACUGGAUCACAAAUGCGGCAGACAUCCCGCACAACUUGACCGCCUGGACCGUUGACAGGUUGAAGCCUUUCACCUCAUACAGGCUGCGGAUGGUGGCCACCAACGACAUCGGAAACAGUGUCCUCAGUAAGGAGACGGAUGCGGUCACAACCUUGCAAGAUGCUCCCGACGAGCCUCCUGAGAUCAUCACAGUCAAACCAUCAACUACCACCUCUGUCCUGGUCCAGUGGAAGCGACCGAGCGACGACCGCAUCAACGGGGUGCUGACGGGAUACCGGCUGUAUUACCGAGAGCUGCCGUCCAACUCGUCUUUCGCUGCUGAAAUGCUGCAAGGAAGCAAAAGCGCCACAGACGCCCGCAUCACAACCAAGAGCACCUUCAAGACCGUCAGCAGCUCCUCGCUGACAGAGUUCGAGUUGACACAACUGAAGAAGUUCAAGCGCUACCAAAUAGUCAUGACGAGCUACAACAUCGUCGGCGAGAGUCCUCCCUCUGAACCCGUCGACGUGUCCGUUGGAGAGGCAGCUCCAUCAGUGGCUCCCCAGUCCAUCCGAGUGUCCGCCGUGUCUCCCUCCAGCCUGGAGGUGAGCUGGGACACGCCCCCCCUGGAGACCCAGAAUGGACUCAUCCAAGGAUACAAGGUGCACUACUGGCAGAAGGACAAACAGAACCAGACGGAGAAGGUGAAGGUGAUUUUUGUCCCGGACACCAGCAUGCACCUGAGCAACCUGAGCAGCUACACGCCUUACCUGCUCACUCUCACCGCCUUCAACACGGCCGGAGACGGACCGCCCAGCGACCCUCGUGGUGCGCACACCCUGCAGUCGGCCCCCAGCCAGCCCAGCCACCUCUCCUUCUCCGAGGUGACGGGAUGGAGUGCCAACGUCUCCUGGGGCGCUCCUUCAACUCCCAAUGGCCUGCUGGAGGGCUACCAAGUCAUCUACCGGCCCACCGCUCCGGUGCAAGGCGUCAGCAAAGUGGUGACGGUGGACGUGAAGGGCAGCUGGCAGCGAUGGCUGAAGGUGCGAGACCUGGUGAAAGGAGCCACGUACGCGUUCGCUGUCCGAGCCCUCACAGUCAGCUACGGGCCCCCGAUUCGUGCAAAUCUCACUGCAGAGCCUGUGCAAGGAGCACCCGGGUCGCCCACGGAGAUCUCCAUCACCAAGGCGUCCUCCGCCCUCACCAUCCAUUGGGCAGAGGGCGACAGCGGGGCGGCGCCCGUGAACGGCUACGUGAUCGAGUCUCGUCCCUCAGACGAGGGCGUGUGGGACUCGUUCGUCCGACUGCUGUCUGCCGGCAGCCGGUCCGUGUCGGUGCCGCUGGAGCGCCUGCGGCCCGGCAUCAGCUACGAGUUCCGAGUCAUCGCCGUCAACCGCUUUGGCUUCGGACAGCCCAGCACGCCCUCCGCGGCGCUCGCCGCUUUGUCCGAGCGUCCGUUCUACGAGGAGUGGUGGUUCCUGCUGGUCAUGGCGCUGGUGGGCCUCAUCCUCGUUCUCAUCCUGGUCUUCACCCUGCUGCUGCACGGACACGGCGGCAAGUACAAGGCCUGCGGCACGGGCAAACACAUGUCGUCGGCGGAGGAGUCUGUCACGCUGGACAACGGCGGUUUCACCACACUGGAGCUCAACAGCCGAGCGCUCAGCAACACCAAGAACACCUUCCUGAAAAAGAACGGGACCAGGUCGCCUCCCAGACCAAGUCCGGGCGGUCUUCACUACUCGGACGAGGACAUCUGCAACAACUACAACGGAGCGGUUCUGACGGAGAGCACCACGCUGACCGAGAAACCCACCGAGGUCUCCGAGUCCGAGCUGACGGACAGCGACUACGAGGACGAGCAGCCCAAGCACUCCUUCGUCAACCAUUACAUGAGCGACCCGACCUACUACAACUCGUGGAAGCGGCAGCCCAAAGGCCUCAAGCCGCUGGGCUCGCCGUUCAGCUACGAGGAGUGCGCCGCCGCCCCGGAUCCGGAGCCGUACUACCAGACCGUGGUCACCCAGCACAGCGCCGGCGGCGUCUACACGCCCGCGGGGCAGCCGGCGCUCGCCCACGCCAACCCCAACACCAACCCGCCCGCCUCGCGCACGCCCGUGACGGGAUUCUCUUCGUUUGUGUGAGCCGCCGUGUGCACACCUUGACACUCCUUGGAUGGGGAUCUCACUUUGGACUGGAGAGCGGAAGGCUUUGAGGUGAUGGGGAGACUGGAACUUAGUGUGCCCCCCCCCAAAAAAAAAAGAAAUGAAGCAACAAACAGCCUUCUCGCGGUUCACAAAGCUCUCCAGCUUUUUCAUUCUUGAGUGUCACUGUGCUCCUACAAAACACACACGCAUUAGCAUCCCCAUACAUAUUCCCACUUCUACUCGGACACUACAGAGACUCUUGGAUGAGAGAACUGAGCCGGUGGAAAUGGAAAAAUCAGCACAAAAAAAACAAAACAAAAAAAAACAAAAAAAAAGAGAUUCUUGUCUGUCGUCUGUAUUUGCAUACACACGCGCGCAGUCCAAAAAUACACGUGUGCACCAUCCGAUGGGACGUCUUUGUUGGGGGGGAGAAAAUGGCACAGGAGCAAGAAGAGUGGACUUCCUGUGCACAAAUGCGGAGAACACAGCUUUAAAACACAUUUGGGGGGGGAAAAAUAAGUGAUAAUCACUGUUCCAAGGUGUGUGUGUGUGUGUGUGUGUGUGUGUGUGUGUGUGUGUGUGUGUGUGUGUGUGGACUGUACUCCAGCACUUCAAAUUGAGUGUGAUUGUGCUAUAUGAAAUGAAAACUGUAUUUUUUCAAUUUGAUUUUAUUCUCCCGACAUGUGACGCUUGUACUAAACACUGCGUUCCCUUUUACGUUUUAGUUGUUUUUUUCCCCCCACAAGUUUGAGUGUGUAUGUUCAACGCAUGCGCUCAGAAAGCCUCUUCGUUAAUCGCAACGAGCGCCAUUGUGUGUUUAUAUUUUUAAAAAUGAAUUUUGUACAUGGAAAAACGACUUCAAAGUGGCCGAGCUUUGACCCGUACAGGCCGGGCUGACACAGAAACAAGCGCACACUUUGUAUUCCUCAUGCAUAAUUUAAAGUUUUCAGCCAGCCAGCCAGCAGCCUCCAGCACUCUGUCACACGUUUUAACACCCAUAUGGUGUGUGAAUAA